AUGGAUUCACCAGCUCAACGGCGUCUCAAAGCUAUCCAGAGUCACCUCCUCUCCUCCACCACAGACGAUCAGUCCGACCUCCAAACUAACCUCACCUCCUCCGUAGAGUUCGUUCACCGCCAACAGUACAGUGUUUCUUUACCGGAGAAAUUGCAAACAGGGAAGUGGAAUGUGUAUAGAUCUGCACGGUCGCCAAUGAAGAUUGUAAGUAGGUUUGACGAUCACCCUGAGAUUGAGACAUUACACGAUAGCUUUGUACAUGCUGUUAAAACUUUUGGAGAUUACAAGUACUUGGGCACACGUGUUCGGGCAGAUGGGUCUGUUGGAGAGUAUACAUGGAUGACAUACGGAGAAGCUGGUGUUGCUAGGGAAGCAAUAGGUUCUGCCCUUCGUUAUCAUGGGUUACAAAAAGGAGCUUGCAUUGGACUCUAUUUUGUUAAUAGACCAGAGUGGUUGAUUGUGGAUUAUGCUUGUACUGCAUACUCUUAUAUUUCGGUUCCCUUAUAUGACACACUUGGUCCUGAUGCAGUUAAGUAUGUUGUGAAUCAUGCUGAUGUGCAAGCUAUCUUCUGCGUCCCAGAGACAUUGAACACUCUGCUUAGCUUCAUAUCGGAGAUUCCAUCUGUACGACUUAUAGUGGUAGUGGGAGGUGUAGAUGAACACUUACCAUCAUUUCCUUCAGCAUCUGGAGUGAAGGUCAGAUCAUAUGCUAAACUGUUUAGUGAGGGGCGUGGUAGCCUGCAACCUUUUAUCCCUCCUAAAGCUGAGGACAUUGCAACCAUAUGCUAUACUAGUGGUACUACUGGCACACCAAAGGGAGUUGUCUUGACACAUAGCAACUUAAUUGCUAGUGUUGCUGGUUUCUGCGCAGCAGUCAAAUUCAAUCCUUCAGACAUUUAUAUAUCCUAUCUUCCUUUGGCACACAUAUAUGAACGAACUAACCUGAUCGUGUCACUUUACUAUGGUGUUGCUGUUGGGUUCUACCAGGGAGAUAAUUUGAAAUUGAUUGAUGAUUUGGCUGCUUUAAGACCGACACUAUUUUGCAGUGUUCCUCGUCUGUAUAACCGUAUAUAUGACGGAAUCACAAAUGCAGUGAAAAAUUCUGGGGUUUUAAAGGAGAGGCUAUUUAGAGCUGCCUACAGCUCUAAGAAGCAAGCUUUGAUGAGUGGUCGGAAUCCAUCACCAAUGUGGGACAGAUUGGUAUUUAACAAAAUAAAGGAAAAGCUUGGAGGACGAGUGAGGUUUUUGGUAUCAGGUGCUUCACCUUUGUCUCCAGAUGUUAUGGACUUUCUGAGGGUGUGCUUUGGCUGUCAAGUACUUGAGGGAUAUGGGAUGACUGAGACUUCUUGUCUCAUUAGCAGUGUGGACCAGGGUGACAAUUUAUCUGGCCAUGUUGGGUCUCCAAAUCCUGCCUGCGGACCAACCUGUAGGCUUUGGCAGGCUCUUUCUUGUAUGUUCUGUGAUUCUCUCAUGGAUAUGACAGCAGAAAUAAAACUGGUGGAUGUUCCUGAAAUGAAUUACACCUCUGAGGAUGAGCCACAUCCUCGUGGAGAAAUCUGUGUCCGGGGUCCCACUGUCUUCAAAGGCUACUACAAAGCCGAAGUCCAAACGAGAGAAGUAAUCGAUGAUGAUGGUUGGCUGCAUACAGGAGACAUUGGGUUGUGGUUACCUGGAGGCCGCCUCAAGAUUAUUGAUAGGAAAAAGAAUAUUUUCAAGUUGGCACAGGGUGAGUACAUAGCACCAGAGAAGAUUGAGAAUGUGUAUACAAAAUGCAGAUUUAUUUCACAGUGUUUUAUAUAUGGUGAUAGCUUCAACUCCUCUUUAGUGGCUGUAGCGGCAGUGGAUCCAGAUUUUUUGAGAGAUUGGGCUGCAUCUGAAGGGAUCAAUGUAGGACAAUUAUGCAAUGAUCCAAGAGCAAGGGCUGCGGUUCUAGCUGACAUGGAUAUGGUUGGAAAGGAAGCUCAGCUGAGAGGUUUCGAAUUUGCAAAAGCUGUAACUUUGGUGCCUGAACCAUUCACCAUGGAGAAUGGACUACUCACGCCGACAUUUAAGGUCAAGAGGCCACAAGCGAAGGAAUACUUUGCCAAAGCAAUAUCAAACAUGUAUGCUGAACUUUCUGCAUCCGAACCAGAGCCGCAUAAGCGGCUGACUGUUGUCCAACUGUUGGCUGAAUAUUCUGAAGAUCUUCCAUGGAUGAGAUUAGCUGCUGUUGUUGCAACAUUUUGA